AUGCAUAUACUCAAUCGAGGUGAUCCUGAUAUCCCUGUUAAAGCUCGGCGCUCUCCUGCUGUUGAAGUACUCGAUUUGGAACCACUCCCAACGCUAGACUACGAUUCCUGGCGGGAGAAUCUUUAUGUCGAUCAUAUCCGAGCAUUGGAUGAGUGCGUCUCGCUCAACUCCACUUGGUGCAUCAUCUUCGAGAACGAUGCUAUGCUCACAGACCACUUCUUAGCUAAGUUCCACAAGUACGUAGCGGCAAAGGCCCCCUCUGAUACGGCUAUGGUCAAACUAUUCGUCUCUGACCAUUGGUCGGGAUAUGAGGAUAUCGAUGUUCCCUACUUCAUCCUCUUCUUUAUUGUAUCCACGGCACUCUUUACAAUUCUGUUUGUACGACGUCAAGUGCCGGGCCGAUUCCGUGCUUUCAUAUAUGCUUGUAUUGUUAGUGGUAUGAUUAUCGGUCUAGCAUUGCUCAUAACGAAACAGGAACUGCUGAAGCUCCGCUAUGUGGGCUUACAUUCCUCUAUUAGUUUGGUAGAGACUAACGUCAGAGCAAGUACUGUUGCUACCGCCUACCCUCGGGAUAGAGUCUACUCUAUAAGAACUUAUUUGCAACGAGAGCUGGACCAGGGAUACCGUAUGGGAGAUGCUGGUGGAUAUGAUCUCGACUUUUCGCAGUUCAGUUGGGCCAAACAAGAAGGGAAGGUCCUCCGAACGUAUCCAUCGUUAGUGCAGCACAUGGGGCUCAAGUCAAGUUCGAAGAAUGAGGACUCUGCAACGCAGCUUUAUAAGAACUUAGCGCAAGAUUCGUCCUUUGUGAUUAACUAUGAUUCCCUCAUCGAUGACGACUAUGGUGGCGACAACCUUCCUAUCCACGUUUAA